AUGCCCCGCAUCCCCUCGCCACACGUCCUCCCAUGGCCACCCGGCCCCUGUCCGUCCGUGAGCUCCCAGCCGCCAUCGCCGCCGUCGCCAACGCCAGCGUCGACGAUCAAGGCAGUGCACGGGCCACCCACCGCCCAGCGACGAGCAUCCCCAGUCACACUCACUUAUGCACCGGGCCAAUCCAGCGACUCGCAAUCUGCCGUCGUGCUCGAAUCACUCUCAGAUCCUCGGUUCGGUUCGCUCUCUUCCUCCUCCAAUGCCCAUCCACAUCCGUCCACACGCCUCCGUGCCUGGCCUCCCCGAAGCCCCACCGCAGGAGAAAUCUCGCUCGGCACGCCCCGUCCCAUUCAUCCACGUCCUCCAAUCUCGCCGUGGCGCAAAACGCUUCCUCUCACUGCGUCCACAUGCAACCCAUUCGGCAGACCGGUUCUCGUCCUGGCCCGUACAACCACCAUGUUACCAUCCAUCCUCAAUCGUACAUCCUCCUCCGACUCCCACCUUCUGAUUCGUCCCACCCUUGCCUCCUCCCUCAAUCCCAUCUCGUCAUCCCUAGCCUCUAGCUCUCCGAUUGCAUUUCGAAAUACGACUUGGACGCCAUCGCUAUCUCUACCCUGGCUGUGCAUCGAAUCCCAUUCCUCCUCCUAG